CCCUAAAAUAAUUUGCUAAGUAAUAAAAUCUUCCUCUUUCUUUAUAACUCUAACUUUGUCGAAAAAUGGUUACGGUCGAGGAUAUUCGUCGUGCUCAACGGGCUGAAGGGCCAGCCACGAUAAUGGCCAUCGGCACUGCAACACCAACAAAUUGCGUCGACCAGAGCUCGUAUCCAGAUUUCUAUUUUCGGAUCACUAAUAGUGAUAAAUCCAUUAUCAAGAAACGUUACAUGUACUUAAAUGAAGAAAUCUUGAAGGAGAAUCCAAAUAUGUGUGCAUAUAUGGCUCCAUCCCUUGAUGCUAGGCAGGAUAUUGUGGUAGUGGAAGUCCCUAAACUAGGCAAAGAAGCUGCCCAGAGGGCAAUCAAGGAAUGGGGUCAGCCCAAAUCGAAAAUCACUCACCUCGUCUUCUGCACCACGAGUGGGGUCGACAUGCCUGGCGCGGACUACCAGCUGACCAAACUCCUCGGGCUCCGUUCUUCUGUCAAACGCUUCAUGAUGUACCAACAAGGUUGCUUUGCUGGAGGCACUGUCUUGCGCAUGGCCAAGGACCUAGCGGAGAACAACAAAGGAGCCCGUGUACUCGUGGUUUGCUCAGAGAUCACUGCUGUCACGUUUCGUGGCCCAAGUGAGAUACACUUGGACAGCCUUGUGGGUCAGGCCCUGUUUGGGGAUGGCGCGGCUGCUGUUAUAGUCGGUUCCGACCCGGUGGUCGGGGUUGAGCAACCACUUUUUCAGUUGGUUUCAGCUGCUCAAACUAUUCUUCCAGAUAGCGAGGGUGCAAUUGAUGGACAUUUACGUGAAGUGGGACUAACAUUUCAUCUCCUAAAAGAUGUUCCUGGCCUGAUAUCGAAGAACAUUGAGAAAAGUCUAAAAGAGGCAUUUGAUCCUCUAAACAUAUCUGAUUGGAACUCAAUUUUCUGGAUUGCACAUCCUGGUGGGCCUGCAAUUUUAGAUCAGGUGGAGUCAAAAUUGGGCCUGAAGCCCGAAAAACUUCGGUCGACCAGGCACGUCUUAAGUGAGUAUGGGAACAUGUCGAGCGCCUGUGUGUUGUUUAUUAUGGAUGAAAUGAGGAAGUCCUCUACCAAGGAGGGGCUGUGCACAAGUGGUGAAGGGUUUGAGUGGGGAGUACUAUUCGGGUUCGGGCCGGGCCUGACAGUUGAGACCGUGGUGCUGCAUAGUGUGUCAGUUUGAUAGACAAAUUGUGUUGCACAUAAUACGCUAUGUAUCAAGUAAUGCUACUGUAAUGAAAAUAAGUUCUAUUAUUAUCUCAAGGAAAUCAUACUUGUACAACAAGAGAUUUCUCAUAUAUUUAUAAUUCUAUUGUGUUCCUUAUGGUUUUCCUUGUACAAUCAAAGAUUUCUCAUUAAUAAUUCUAUUAUUCACAUAA